UUCAAACAUGAGUUACUGGUUUAAAUCAUGACUGGGUCUCAUCAAACUUCAACUCCUACUAUAGUGUCACUCGAUUUGAUCAAAUAGUAGUGUAGUGAUUCUUAGUUAUCAGCAGAUGGCAAUAGGAGCUUUCUGAGUGGUCAGUCUAUAAUUCAUCCUAAGGGGGAGGGGAGUUGAUUUUCUAGAGAAAUUGCCUUGCCUAAUAGACUUCCCACAGUAUGUAGGCUACAUUGAUUUUCCUCCUGUUCUCUCUAGCCGAAAGUCACUGCUCUGUUUGUAUUCUCAGAAGGCAGUGAGUUUAUUGGACUAUCAAUGUAAUCCAGGACAGCCUGCAAKAGGCAUACAGUGGUUGAACUAAAAUCUAAAAGACCUUCUGGAUUCUUGGAAGUAACUAUGACAAUUGUAUUUUUGAGUAUCCUCCACAAUUGCUUUUUGAGUAUAGUACGGAUACAUCUUACCACCAAGAACAGAACAUGAAGCUUGUUGACACACUUUUUCUCUACUCUUCCCUCAUCGUGCAAGAAAGCUAUUGAAGGGGGAAGUAGGUAAAACACUAAUAUGCCAGAAAAGCUGUUUUUACCUUUAGCUCAUGUGGGACAUAAAUGGAAAACUGUCUUGGGCCUUAAAUAAUCAAUGAUCACAUUAAGGGAUAAUAUCUACCAGUUCUAACCCGAGCUGUUUUGCAAACGAUCUGAUUUCAGCGCGCCUCGACCCAAUGCCCAGUGGUUGAACUGCGGAGAGAACUUGAACUCAACCAAGGCGUUUGACUAUGUAGUCACAGCAGUUCUCAUCACUUGAUGGAAAUUUACAAUCACAUCUGACUGACAGUCCAUUGCAUGGGCGAACGAGGGCGCAUAAAGAUGGCAUCUCUCUGGAGAAGCGCUUCUCCGGGGCUGUGGAAACAAAUAAUGGCCUCAAUCGUCUUGCUCUUGUGCAACAGGCUUGUUGCCAAUGCGGACGAAGUCCCUUUCAACGCAGAGUCGUGGUUGCGGAGGUUUGGCUACCUGUCUCAAGCCAGCAGACAGAUGUCAACCAUGCAGUCCUCUCAAAUCCUGUCCAAUGCCGUCAGUGACAUGCAGCGCUUCUAUGGCCUAGAGGUCACUGGAGAGAUGGACCAAGCCACACUGAAGGCCAUGAGAAGGCCUCGCUGUGGAGUCCCAGACAAAUCUGUUGAGCAGGCUGAGAAUGGUGUGAGGCGGAAACGCUACGCUCUCACUGGCCAGAAGUGGGACAAGAACCAUCUGACUUAYAGCAUUAUGAACACCACCCCAAAGGUUGGUGAGGUUCGGACACUGGAGGCCAUCCGCAGAGCUUUCGAGGUGUGGGAACGCGUGACUCCACUGAGCUUUGAAGAGAUCGCUUUCCAAGACAUCCCCAACAGCAGCCAGGACGCGCUAGAUAUCAUACUGUUUGCAUCUGGUUUCCAUGGAGACAUGUCUCUGUUUGAGGGCGAGGGGGGGUCUCUGGCUCAUGCCUACUACCCAGGGCCCGGGAUGGGCGGAGACACGCACUUUGACGCAGAUGAACCCUGGACCCUUGACAACCACGAUCCAUCAGGUAUUGACCUCUUCCUGGUUGCGGUGCAUGAGCUGGGCCAUGCUCUGGGUCUGGGGCACUCUGAUAACCCCAAUGCCAUCAUGGCUCCCCUUUACCAGUACAUGGACACAAAGAUCUUCUCACUCCCAGAGGAUGAUAGGAAUGGAAUACAGAAGAUAUAUGACCAACCAGAACCGAUACCCGACCCAGACCCCACCGUCCCCUGGCCUGAUCCAGUGCCGGUGACCCCCUACAUCAGGAGGGAUGAGCCUCGUCGCCCCCCAAAGCAGCCAGACCACACUGCCCCCAACAUCUGUGACGGGGACUUUGAUACGGUCACCAUGCUGCGAGGGGAGAUGUUCGUCUUCAAGGGUCGCUGGUUCUGGAGAGUUAGAAGGAACCGUGUCCUGGACAACUACCCAAUGCCCAUCUCGGUCUUCUGGGUUGGACUACCUGAUGAUAUAGACUCUGGUUAUGAACGGCAUGAUGGAAAAUUUGUAUUUUUCAAAGGGGAGAGGUACUGGGUAUUCAGGGAGGCUGACAUGGUGCCUGGUUACCCCCAGCCCCUGGUAGAGUACGGUCAGGGCAUCCCCACAGACAGGAUCGAUACAGCCAUCUGGUGGGAGCCCACCGGCUACACAUACUUCUUCAGAGGAGACAGAUACUGGCUUUUUGAUGAAGAGUCCCGCACCGGUGACAGAGACUACCCGAAACCUGUCUCCAGGUGGGGCAAGGUCCCAUCCUCUCCUAAAGGAGCCUUCCUCAGCGAUGAUGGCGCUUACACAUACUUCUACAAGGGCUCCAAGUACUGGAGGUUUGAUAACCAGAAGAUGAAGGAUGACCCAGACUACCCCAGAUCCAUCCUUAAAGACUUUAUGGGCUGCGAUGGAGCCCCGGGCAUGGACCCAGAUACAGAUGACACAGUUACAGGCCGCAAGUGGCCAACAGUGGACCAGCCAAAACCACAACCACCAGUUGGCUCAGACCCGGAUGAGGUGGACAGAGAGACCAAUAAGGAUUACACCAACGAUGUGGAUUAUGAACCUGAUGUGAAGGACAAAGGGGUGGAUGUAGUGGUGAGGAUGGCUGAGAACAAGGCCAAGGUUAUGACCCUGAUCAUAGUGACCGUGCCCCUGGUCCUGGUGCUGUUCAUCCUACUAUUGAUCUAUGCUAUUAUCAACACCCUGCAGAAGAAAGAGGCGCCCAGACUUUUGGUCCACUGCAAACGAUCCCUGCAGGAGUGGGUUUGAUCUGCUCCAGAAAUGGAUUCACACACAUGCAAACACAUACACACACACCAUACAUAGGCACAUUCCGUUUUACCACAUAUUUAUACACACAAACAUUACAUAAAAAUACAAGCACACAGUUUCCCUAUCUUUCCUCCAUGGUGCUUUACCCGAUCUUGAUUUAAGCCUGUUUAUAACAGAUAAUAUGCACUUUUAACGUCCCGUGUUAGAUUUGUUUUGUUAGUUGCGGUUGUAGUUUUAAGCGUGUUCAGCUAAAGAUUUCCGUGAAUGUCCUUAUAAAACAGAGUGGUGGUGCGUGAAUGUCUAACAGUUGUGUGUGCUGUAAACACAAGACCACCAUCUCCCACUGUGUCUUUCCUCUAGUCUACCCCCUCGACCACAACAGCCCAGACUUUAUCCACAAAGGGGACAAUUUAGAUAGACUCCCUCGGGCGAGAUUAAAUGCAGGGGUUAUUAUUAUAUACAUCGUGCACAUAUUUAGGAAGGCUUAAAGCCUGCUAGAACAGUGCUGGGUCUGGGUUACAUUUCACAGAUGUUGCUGAUUUAGUUGUUUUGGGUGCAGAGCCAGGGAGGGGUUAGGAGGCCUGCCAGCAUUUCCUUUGCCCGAGUUAGAGUUCUCUUCUCUUAGGGGUGAGGCAAGGGGAGACA